AUGUCACAUCAGAUAACCGGCUUUAAUACGCUCUUGGCACCAUUUUGUUACACUUUACUUCAUUCAUCUCAGGAAGUCGCGAAGCGUGAUGCAGAACUGGAGCUUGAUUCCACUUCAAGUGCUUCAGCCCCGAGCCUUUCGUCCAUUCAGGCUCGGCCACAUUUAGGUUGUAGCCUAGCCUUGCACAAGAUUUGCAACACAACUAACGGACACAGCUUCCAGCUGGCCUCGGCGCUUCGUCGCUGGGGUACCAUCUGUGAAUCCUGCUGUGGUACACUUCGCGCCACUCGAGCUCUCUCGUGUGUUGUCUGUGGUAUUGUCUGCCACCUCUCAGGUAACUGUCUUCGCGGGUUGACACGUAGGUGUCCUGUUCCUUCGACCGGUUGUCAUCUCAUGCUAACUAGUCCUCGGAUUUCGACGACUGGAUACCCAUUGUUGUUGGAGCCUCUUGGUCUUUCGAGCCAUCGAAGACAGUUACAGCAAUUUCAACAGCAAGUGGGUGCUAGGCGGACUCUAAUACAGAAGGCCAACAGUCCGGAUGUCGAGAGUUCACGCCAAACAAAGUGGACCAGACAUAACUCGUCAUUUUUAUCGGCGAUUGGCCAUGGUAAUGAGAGAUCACGGCGACGCCGAACGCAAAGCUCAGACUGUGGCUUUACGCCCACACAUCCUGGCUCGAAUAGUACUCCGCCAUUGUUCCAUGUAAUCUCUUUGACGCCCCAGCCUUACUCGCCUCAUUCAUCGAGAUCCGAACUGAGCGAUGUCUGUUACAGAAACAGGAAACCAGACCUAGACACACAGAAUCCCAAGGCAUCAUCAACCGGCGCCUGUUCGCUUGCCUGGGACUCUUCGACCCAUCAACAGCCGACAUCUCGCUGUCGUCGGCUAGAGCUGGCUCGACUAGCUUGUCUUAGCGCCAGCCUGACUCGGCAAGCCUGGCGCUGCGCCGAGUGCCUGAGAUCUCUUGCUCCCGUACUCGCUACUUCGGCCAUCCAACCACUCAAUAGUCUGGCUGGUUCAGUAGUAUCCGGACAACGUUUCGACUCAAGCCUGGUUACAAGGCUGACCUCUAGCGGAGUCCCAAUACUUCUUGGUCGGCGCAGUUUCUCACUGGGUAGUAAUAGUCUUGCGGUGGGGAGUGGUGCGUCGGGUAUAUCUGAGAAUAUCGUCAAGGUGGUUUCCGAUACCUUGCAACAACAGCUACCUCAGAUGCUUUUUGAUCCUCCGGUUCACACUUUGCCUUCCUGGUUGCCGGUUCCUCCACACCAGCCUCACUUGGUAAAUAAAGCUCUAGGACUGCGUUGUGGCCGAGGUCUCUUCAAGACUGGUGCCUAUGCACCAGACCUGGGCCCUAUUCAGACACAUCGGGACGCUCUGGUAGCCGCCGCUCUGCUGGCAGCUAAGCAGAAACUGCCUACCUCAUCCCCCAAAAUGCCUCCACCCGUGGCUGCGGUCUCGUCUGCAGCCGAUUUGGUUUCUCUACCCUCCUCAAUGCCACCUGUGUCGAAGACCAUUUUGGAUCGAAGGGAUAAGAUGCCCCGAUUACCUGGGCCAGCGAUAUUUGCGGAAGAUGAAAAUGAGUCAUCGGAAGUAAGAAUAACUAUUAUUAUUAUUAUUAUUAUUAUUAUUAUUUUACUCAUCCGAUUGCCUGUAGUGCUCAAGUAG